AUGAUGUUCGGUUGGAUGGGAGGGGCCCUGCUGUGCGCCGUUUCCGGGCUGGUCCUCCUCAUUGUUGCCACAGCGACGGACUUUUGGAUGCAAUACCGAUACUCUGGCAGCCUCAGCAACCAAGGACUCUGGCGCUUCUGUGUGGGAAGCAAAUGUCACCCGCACACCAUCACCCUCGCUUUCUGGGAUGCCACCCGAGCCUUCAUGCUCAUCUCCAUCCUGUCCUCCUUCGCCGGGAUCAUCCUGGAGCUGAUGACCUACUCUGGCACCAACCGCUUCUCCCGCAGUCGCUCUGCAGGGGUCACCCUCUUGAUUGCAGGACUCUUCGCCUUGCUGGGCCUCUCCAUCUACACCGGCGUGACCGUGAAUUUCUACGGCAAGCGCUACGCUGACUGGCGCUUCUCCUGGUCGUAUAUUCUGGGCUGGAUCGCUGUUCUCCUGACCUUCUCAGCAGGACAAGAUGAGUUCCAGUUGAACAUUGAGCAUAAAAGACAGCUGCAAGGACUCUGGGCCAAUAACCUCGGGACGGAAAUCUCUACUCCUGCGAUGGGAAA